AUGCGGCCAUCCGGUAUCUUGAUCAUGGCGACAGCCUUUAUUUCCGUCUCUGCUCAGAAUUGCAAGCAACGAUCUGCCAUUUGCUCCCCCUUUUCACUCUGCUCCAGUAUGCCCGCUGCUGGUCAAGUAUGCGGUUCACAGGGAACAGCUUCUAAUUGUAACUCAGUGGCUGACCGGGGCUCUGAUUCUGGAACUGUUACUUGCCAGUGCUGCUAA